CCUUCAUUCUCUUUUUCUACAUCCAACUGUUUGGUGCUGUGUAAAAUACGUUUUGCAAAAUUUUGUGCUAAGUGAAUUUUAAUAUUCAUUUGACUUUUUUUCCCAAUUUUGUUGCAUCCAGCAAGUUUUUAAGAAAUCAACAAAAAAUGGCUGAGCCAAUUCGUGUUGUUGUCACUGGCGCUGCUGGUCAGAUCGCCUACUCUUUACUGUAUAUGAUUGCACGUGGUGAGGUUUUCGGUAAGGAUCAACCUUUAGUCUUGCAUUUACUCGAUAUUCCACCAAUGAUGGGCGUACUGGAGGGUGUUGUUAUGGAAUUGGCCGAUUGUGCCCUACCACUGUUGCGCCAAGUUAUCCCCACUGCUGAUCCAGCUGUAGCAUUUAAGGAUGUCGCUGCCGCUUUCUUGGUCGGUGCCAUGCCACGCAAAGAAGGUAUGGAACGCAAGGAUUUGCUCUCGGCCAAUGUGAAAAUCUUCAAGGCACAAGGUCAAGCUAUCGAUCAGCAUGCACGUAAGGAUAUUAAGGUUUUGGUUGUUGGUAAUCCGGCCAAUACCAAUGCAUUGGUAUGCUCACACUAUGCACCAUCAAUUCCACGUGAAAAUUUCACGGCCAUGACAAGGUUGGAUCAGAAUCGUGCUACUGCACAAAUCGCCGCCAAAUUGGGCGUACCAAUAAGCGCCGUUAAGAACGUCGUUAUCUGGGGCAACCACUCGUCAACACAAUUCCCUGACCCCAGUAAUGGUGUCGCCGAAGUUAACGGUACCAGCAAGCGUGUUUGGGAUGCUGUCAAUGAUGCUGCCUUCCUACAGGGUAACUUUGUCGAGACUGUCCAGAAACGUGGCGCGGCUGUUAUCGCCGCUCGUAAAAUGUCAUCGGCUAUGUCCGCUGCUAAGGCAGCCUGCGAUCACAUGCAUGAUUGGUGGCACGGUACAGCUCCCGGGCAGUUUGUCUCAAUGGGCGUUAUUUCGGAUGGUAGCUAUGGUGCACCCAAAGAUGUUGUAUUCUCAUUCCCCGUAGAAACCAGCAAUGGAAAGUGGAAGAUUGUUCAAGGUCUGCAACUGGAUGAUUUUGCCAAAUCAAAAUUGGCCAUAACUGGCAAGGAACUUGAGGAGGAGAAAGGAGAAGCUAUGGCUGUCUGCUCCGCGGAUUGACUAGCUACAACGGAUUCAAAGUUGUAAAACAUAUACAGGCUGCAUGUUUCAAUUAUAUUAUCGUAUAUAUAUAUGCAUAUAUCUAAUAAAUCAAAUGUAGCAUAAUAAUAAAGCAGAGAUACAAAACAAAAGUUUCAAACAGGGACGUGCCCAAUGUAAUUCAAAUUGAUUUAUCAUCUAAAAGUAAUAACGUACAUAGUUAAUUGUUUAAUAAUCAUAAAUACAUACCCAAAUUGUUCAUUUACAAAAAACAAAAAAAAAAAAGAAGAGAAAAUUUGUAUGACUUUUACGUAUCUUGGGAUGUGUGUAGCAUACUAAUAAAAUUUGUUAUUUGUUUUAUUAUAACAGAAAA